AUGCAAAUUAUAGGUGGUAAUAUAGCCAUGGAGGAAGAAAACGCCUUGGAUGUUAACAAAACUGAGAUCUGGCUUCAAGAUGAACAAGACGAUCUUCUUGGUGUGAAUGAUGUCUCCAUGUUUUAUGCUGAUUUUCCUCCUCUUCCAGAUUUUCCAUGCAUGUCAUCCUCUUCGUCAUCUUCCUCAACUCCAGCACUGCAAGUCAAGACCACGACGUGCUCUACAACAUCUUCAUCCUCCACCGCUACAUCAUCAUCAUCGUCCUCUGCCGUGUCAUGGGCAGUUCUGAAGUCCGAUGCCGAAGAUAAUCUUCGGAUGGAGGACAGCCGCCGCCGCCACCGCACUAGCAACUUUGUCCUCCGCCGCUUCCACAGAGAUCCCUUUACCGCCUACGAUUGUGCUGUCGAGAUAGAGGAGCCUUUUCCGUACUUGGACAUGUUAGAGAUCAACGAUUUUUUCGACCCGGCAUUAGUUUUUCAAGACGAGGAUUGCCCAUUAGAAGAAUAUCCCCAGAAUCAGAUAGAGCGGGAGCAGGAACAACAUGCAAUUACACUGCUGCAGCAAUCAGAGGAUCAAGAUCGGCAUGUGCUCUUUAAUGAUAAUAACUACGAAGAAGAGAUUCAAGGAAAAGGAGGAAACCCAGAUGGGGAAAUGAGCGACGUGUUCUUGGAGUGGCUCAAAACGAACAAGGAUAGCGUCUCUGCAAAUGACUUGAGGAGCGUUAAGCUCAAAAAAUCAACCAUAGAGUGUGCUGCGAAGCGCUUAGGAGGAGGAAAAGAAGCCAUGAAGCAAUUGUUGAAGCUUAUUCUUGAAUGGGUUCAAACUAGUCAUCUUCAAAACAAAAGCCGUUGUAAUAAGGAGAGUGACAUUAAUAAUAAUGACAAUGGUGCGCCUCCAAAUUUCCUCACAAACCCUAGCUCUAAUUCCAACCCUAAUUUCUUUGGAGUACCUCAGUCAUGUCCAUGGGUCUCUCAUCCUCAGCCUUAUGGGACAGAUCCGGCGACUAUGGUAGCCGUGCCGCCGCCUUCUUAUCCUUUGAUUGGAAUGUUGGAAGCAGCUCAUUCAUGGCCUCCAUCUCAGUUCACCAUUGCUCCCCACUGCAACCAGUCAUCAUAUGGGGACAAUAAUGUCCACCAGGCUGGCCCACCAGUAGCGGCGGGAUUUGACGGCUAUGUGAAUCAGUAUUCAUAUCAUUAUUUUCAAGGCAUGGCGGCGGGUGAUAAGUUAAUGAGGUUAGGCCCCUCGGCGACCAAAGAAGCAAGGAAAAAGAGGAUGGCGAGGCAGAGAAAGUUUUUGUCUCAUCAUAGGAGCCAGAAACACCAUAGCCAACUACAGAAUCAUGAUAAUAAUGACCCGCUUGCAAGAUUGGGACGUGAUUAUAAUUGCAACGGAGGUUCUGCGAAUCCGGCCAAUUGGGCGUACUGGGGGGCACUGGCCGAGGAGGCAGCUUCCGUGGUUCCAGUCGUUCCAGCUGAAACCCGGCCGGCUCUGGAUCGAACAGCCAUGCAAGCUCAGAAUUAUCAAACCAGUGUCGCAUCGACAGAUCAAAGGCGUCAGGGAUUGAAGACAGAGAAGAACCUGAAGUUUCUUCUUCAAAUGUUGAAGCAAAGUGACGUUGGUAGCUUGGGGAGAAUUGUGCUGCCAAAAAAAGAGGCAGAAACCCACUUGCCAGAAUUAGAGGCGAGAGAUGGCAUUUCUAUAGCAAUGGAAGACAUUGGAACUUGUCGUGUUUGGAACAUGCGCUACAGAUACUGGCCAAACAACAAAAGCAGGAUGUAUCUGCUCGAGAAUACUGGAGAUUUCGUGAAGGCCAAUGGACUGCAAGAGGGAGACUUCAUAGUGUUGUACUCAGAUGUCAAGUGUGGCAAAUUUUUGAUAAGAGGGGUGAAAGUAAGGCAAGCAGGGGUGGCGAAAGCAGAUCAGAGCAGAAAGGCGGAAAAACGCAUCAGAAAAACCUGGCGGCUGCUAAUAAUGAGGCGCCCUCUCCAUCGUCGCCUCUGA